AUGAGAACAGUCAUCAGACCAUUCAUCAACCAACUAAAACAGCCAUCAACAAACCAGUCAUCAGACCAGUCACCUGCCAUCCAGACCAGUCAUCAGACCAGUCACCAUCUACCUGACCAGUCAUCAGACCAGCAUCAGCCAACAAAACCAGUCAUCAUACCAGUCAAAAACCAACAAAACCAGUCAUCAUACCAGUCACAAACCAACAAGUCAUCGUACCAGUCACAAACCAACAAAACCAGUCACAAACCAACAAAACCAGUCAUCAUACCAGUCACAAACCAACAAACCCAGUCAUCAUACCAGUCACAAACCAACAAUUCAUCUUACCAGUCACAAACCAACAAGUCAUCAUACCAGUCACAAACCAACCAGGCAUCAUACCAGUCACAAACUAACAAGUCAUCAUACCAGUCACAAACCAACAAACCCAGUCAUCAUACCAGUCACAAACCAACAUUUCAUCAUACCAGUCACAAACCAACAAGUCAUCAUACCAGUCACAAACCAACCAGGCAUCAUACCAGUCACAAACCAACAAGUCAUCAUACCAGUCACAAACCAACCAGGCAUCAUACCAGUCACAAACCAACCAGGCAUCAUACCAGUCACAAACCAACAAAACCAGUCAUCAUACCAGUCACAAACCAACAUUUCAUCAUACCAGUCGCAAACCAACAAGUCAUCAUACCAGUCACAAACCAACCAGGCAUCAUACCAGUCACAAACCAACAAGUCAUCAUACCAGUCACAAACCAACAAUUCAUCAUACCAGUCACAAACCAACCAGGCAUCAUACCAGUCACAAACCAACAAACCCAGUCAUCAUACCAGUCACAAACCAACAUUUCAUCAUACCAGUCGCAAACCAACAAGUCAUCAUACCAGUCACGAACCAACCAGGCAUCAUACCAGUCACAAACCAACAAGUCAUCAUACCAGUCACAAACCAACAAUUCAUCAUACCAGUCACAAACCAACCAGGCAUCAUACCAGUCACAAACCAACCAGGCAUCAUACCAGUCACAAACUAACAAUCGCAAACCAACAAGUCAUCAUACCAGUCACAAACCAACCAGGCAGUCAUCAUACCAGUCACAAACCAACAAUUCAUCAUACCAGUCACAAACCAACCAGGCAUCAUACCAAUCACAAAUCAACAAGUCACCAUACCAGUCACAAACCAACCAGGCAUCAUACCAGUCACAAACCAACAAGUCAUCAUACCAGUCACAAACCAACAAUUCAUCAUACCAGUCACAAACCAACCAGGCAUCAUACCAGUCACAAACCAACCAGGCAUCAUACCAGUCGCAAACCAACAAGUCAUCAUACCAGUCACAAACCAACCAGGCAUCAUACCAGUCACAAACUAACAAGUCAUCAUACCAGUCACAAACCAACAAGUCAUCAUACCAGUCACAAACCAACCAGGCAUCAUACCAGUCACAAACCAACAAGUCAUCAUACCAGUCACAAACCAACAAUUCAUCAUACCAGUCACAAACCAACCAGGCAUCAUACCAGUCACAAACCAACCAGGCAUCAUACCAGUCGCAAACCAAAAAGUCAUCAUACCAGUCACAAACCAACCAGGCAUCAUACCAGUCACAAACUAACAAGUCAUCAUACCAGUCACAAACCAACAAGUCAUCAUACCAGUCACAAACCAACAAUUCAUCAUACCAGUCGCAAACCAACAAGUCAUCAUACCAGUCACAAACCAACCAGGCAUCAUACCAGUCACAAACCAAUAAGUCAUCAUACCAGUCACAAACCAACAAGUCAUCAUACCAGUCACAAACCAACAAGUCAUCAUACCAGUCACAAACCAACCAGUCAUCAGACCAGUCACCAACCAACCAAACAAGUCAUCAGACCAGUCACCAACCUACCAAACAAGUCAUUCGACCAGUCACCAACCAACAAGUCAUCAGACCAGUCACAAACCAACCAAACAAGUCAUCAGACCAGUCACCAGCCAACCAAACAAGUCAUCAGAUCAGUCACAAACCAACCAACCAAACAAGUCAUCAGACAAGUCACCAACCAACCAACAAGUCAGUAGACCAGUCACCAACCAACCAACAAGUCAUCAGACCAGUCCCCAACCAACAAACAAGUCAUCAGACCAGUCACCAACCAACCAAACAAGUCAUCAGACCAGUCCCCAACCAACCAACAAGUCAUCAGACUAGUCACCAAGCAACCAAACAAGUCAUCAAACCAGUCACCAACCUACCUAACCAGUCAUCAAACCAGUCACCAACCAACCAAACAAUUCAUCAGACCAGUCAUCAACCAAGUAAACAAGUCAUCAGACUAGUCACCAAGCAACCAAACAAGUCAUCAAACCAGUCACCAACCUACCUAACCAGUCACCAACCAACCAAACAAUUCAUCAGACCAGUCAUCAACCAAUCAAACAAUUCAUCAGACCAGUCACCAACCAACCAAACAAUUCAUCAGACCAGUCAUCAACCAAGUAAACAAGUCAUUAGACCAGUCACAAACCAAUCAAAUCAGCCAUCAGACCAGUCACCAACCAACUAA